AUGUCACAAUCCGAGUUAAAGCUUGUCAAGCUCACGCCUUGCAAAGGCACUGCUGGCGACACUGUCAACGUGUAUAUUUACAUCCCGCCCGUCACCCAGCCUGUCCAACUGCAGAUCCAAUUCAAUAACAUCCCCGCCCAGUGCACUGCGCACCUCAUUGCAAAUGACCUUUGGCUAUUUGCGUGCUUUGCACCAGAUCUCGGUCCGGCCUAUCUGGGUCCCACUUGGGUAGAAGUGUCCUUGGUGGUGCUUCCCAAUACCCGCACGACUUUGGAGACGUUUCAAUACCUCCCUUAUACAUCUUCCUUUGCAUAUGGAUCUUCGCCUCAGGAUCACCGUCACGUUGCGUUGUCUCCAGCUCCGGCGCAGCCUAGUUCUCCGGAAGACCCCGUCAGACUCGAAAAAACACCUUUGCGGAGCGCGAAUCAAGCUACAGCCUCUCUUUCAGUCGUGCACACACCUCGACCAGUCGUCGAGGUCGUGUACUCACCUCGACCGGCCGUCGAAGUUGUGCACUCACCUCAAAGGGCCACCAGCGUCGUGCACUCACCUCAAACGGCCACCGACGUCGUGCACUCACCUCGAACGGCCACCGACGUCGUGCACUCACCUCGAUCAAGCGCAGAAGGCAGCCCGACUUACGUCCUUCGUCGACUUGAUCAGAAGGAAGAGCGCGACAGCUGCAUCGCCGUGUCAGUUGACCCACACAUUGACAACCUUGAUGAAUGGGUCACGGAUGAAGGGCAGAGUUUUUGCAGAGGUCUGGUUCGAUUCACCCGCGUUCUAACCGAAGACGGUCUCAGAAUCUCUGCGUAUCUGAUUUCGCAAGACGAUUACAACAAGGACCCCUAUAACGGAGUGACCGUUUCGUGCAUUCGCUGCGCGGCUAUUGAUAGAGGGUUUUACACCUCCCAUGACUUCAUCAGACUCCUGGAGUACUUCGUGAACAAGGAGUUUGAUAUGCAGGAGAAAAACCAGAUUAGACGGAACAUCGAGUGCGCCAAGCCGACGUCCGUAGCAAAGAAAACUCCCUUGUGUCAAUCCAUCAUGGAUCUCCCUUUGCCGACGCCGCGAUCCAUUAACAAAACCCUGAAGAUUUUUGCUUGGCCCACGCUCUCAAUGACAAUCACAAGAGCCCUGUCCAAGUACACUCUCUCCGGCGCAAGCCCUUAA